AGGCCGCUCACUGCCGCGACGGGGUCGACACCAUGCUGCUGCGUGGGAACGAACGCCGCGUCGGCAUCUCACGCGCGUGAGACGUGAGAAAGAGGAACGUGAACAAUGACGGAACACACGAGCAAAGGGACGACAAAUCAAAACAAAGUCACAAUCAAAUUUUACGAGCACAAGUGGUCAGGGAAAAAGGAUCGUGGAGCAUUUUGGAUAAUUAGGAGGAUAAUUAGGAGGAUUGUGAGGAGUAAAUUGGAAGGUUUGUGGUUCGCGGGAAUGACGGGAGGUAGACGGACACAAACAUACACAAGGACCACACGCGGGUGGCAACCGGCCGGUGGAAUACGGCGGGAAAGAGUUGAGAAUUUUCCGAACAGGACAGGACAGGGCGCAGGUUCUCGAACAACUACAACACAAACGUAGAACACAAAUCCGGAUCGGGUUGGACGGAAAACAGGAAACAAACAAAUUGUAAGACAAAAACACACACACACACAAACACAACAUGUACUAAACUUAAAUCUAAAUUGCAGCUUUGAUCUGCCUCUAAUAAAUUGGGCUGAUUCGCAAGGAGGUUUAUUUCCG